ACCAACCUGACAAAUAACUCUCAUUCUUCAAUCGUACUCUCUUUUACUCAGGUUUUCUCUCUGAGUUAAAAGCUCCAAGAAACAAUGUCUCAAAAGGUGGGAGCGAUGGGUGGUAACAAGGGUGUAGCGUUCGACGAUGGUGUUUUUGAUGGUGUUAAGAGAAUAACUGUUGGAAAAGAUUUUCGCAAUGUAAAUUAUAUCAGGAUCGAAUACGAAAAGGACGGAAAAUUCGAGAUCCGUGAACACGGGACAGAUUGUGGUCGAUUACAAGAGUUUUCAGUGGAUUAUCCGAGUGAAUAUAUCAUAGCCGUUGGUGGAAGCUACGAUGAUAUUUUUGGUUAUGGAGCAGCGUUGAUCAAAUCUUUACUCUUCAAAACCUCUUAUGGAAGAACAUCUCCCAUACUCGGUCAUACGACGUUAUUAGGAAAUCCAGCUGGGAAUGAAUUCAUGCUCGAGGGUAAAAAUGGAGGUAAACUUCUUGGUUUCCAUGGACGUUCUGGUGAAGCUCUUGAUGCCAUUGGACCUUACUUCUCUGCUGUGGAUUCGUCUUUUAAGCACUUUAAACUUCAAGGUGGGGAUGGAGGGUUUGCUUGGGACGAUGGUGCUUUUGAUGGUGUUAGAAAAGUGAUCGUUGGACUAAAUGGUAAGAGUGUGGGUUAUGUAAGGUUUGAGUAUGCGAAAGGCCAGAGAACCGUACCGCAUGCUCAUGGACAUAAACAAGAAGCUCCAAAAGAGUUUGUGGUGGAUUAUCCUAAUGAACAUAUUACAUCAGUGGAGGGGACAAUUGAUGGUUACCUGACGUCUCUUAGGUUUAAGACAUCAAAAGGAAGAACCUCCCCUGCUUUUGGGACUGUGGUUGGUACUAGAUUUGUGUUUGAGGAAACAGGUUUUAAACUUGUUGGUAUUUAUGGUCGGUCCGGUAAUGUUAUUGAUGCUCUUGGUGCAUAUUUUGCCCCUCUUCCCGUCCCAGCUCCAGCUCCCACUCCUACUCCCAUUCCAGCUCCAGCUCCGGUACCCAAAAAAAGUGUGAGCAAGAUCUACAUUUCAUCUGGUAGUGGUGGAAUUGAGCAAAUCAAGUUUGAUACUGUCGAAGACGGAAAGACAAAGGAAGGAACUCUACAUGGUGUUGAGGGUAAAAUUGUCAUGACCAUGGUUGCCGUAAGCAAUUAUCCUGAUGACUAUCUUGUUUAUGUCGAGAGUUGGUACGACUCUUACAAUGUCUUCCAAGGAAUUAAGUUCAAAAACGACAAGAACACUUCUGAGUUCUUUGGUUAUAAACUGUCUGAGUAUGAUGGUACACCAUUCUCUCUUCAAGUCAAGGAUAAGAAGAUCACUGGAUUUACUAGACUCGCUGACUCGAAUCUCAAGUCUCCUGGGACUUACUUUGUACUUAACCAUACCGUGGCUCCCUCUACUUCUAAGAAACUACAAGCAAGAGGUGGUAAUGGAGGAGCUUCUUGGGAUGAUGGUGUUUUCGACGGUGUUAAAAAGAUACUUGUUGGUCAAGGAACCGAUGGAGUAGCUUUUGUCACGUUUGAGUAUAGCAAAGGCUCUCAUGCAGUCCUCGGUGAUGGUCAUGGGAAGAAAACUUUACUUGGAACUGAAACGUUUGAGCUUGAUUAUCCAAGUGAGUACAUCACUUCGGUGGAAGGUUACUAUGAUAAAAUCUUUGGAGUUGAAGCUGAAGUGGUAACGAGCCUAACGUUCAAGACUAACAAGAGAACAUCUCAGCCGUUUGGAAUGACUGCUGGAGAACAUUUCGAGCUCAAGGAGGAAGGUUACAAGAUCGUUGGGUUCCAUGGCAAAGCUAGUGCUGUGGUUCAUCAGAUCGGAGUCCAUGUCGAACCCAUUUUCACCAGUUAUAGGAUCACGCUUUAGUUUCUUUGCUCUAAUGAUUUCGUAAAAAUAAGGUCCACCGGACCAUAUGCUUAUGGAUUUGUGUGUUUUAGUAUCAAUGCUUUAUGCGAGCGAUCAUGUGAUUUUCUGCUUUAAUGGUGUCUUGUCCCUUGACGAUUUUAAUAAAUGAUGUUUCUCUUCAA